AUGCCUAAGGUUGCAAAAUAUAAAAAAUGGGUUAAUGUACUUAGAAACUGGUGUAAAAAAGUUGGUUACAAUUAUGACAUUGAAACAAUAACAGACAAGGCACAACUUGAACGAGAAAUGCAAGAAUUUAUAGUUGGUGUAUGGCAACUUAAAAGUGGAAAAGAAUAUUCACCUUCUUCUCUGAAAAAUGCAUUAAUCCUAUUAUAUGGCAAAAUAAAACAGUUAAAACAAAAUAGAAUUAUUCUACAACAUCAUGAUCCGUUAACUGCGGAAGAGAUUACUCUUAUAUUUAACCAUCCAAAAGUAUCAGCAUCGCAUGCUCAAGGGUUACAAUAUCGAGUAUUUAUGUGGAUGU